AUGAUCAAGAAAGAACUGCGGCUCUCCAAUUUUCUGCUGGUCUUUACUUGGUUUUGGUUGUUACAAACGAGAAUUAAUGGUAAGUGAUGUAAAAAUAUUGCAAAAUGAAUAAGUCAGAUUAAGGCUGUUGGAAGUUAAGGGAGACUGUUUAACAAUAGAAUCUUUGUCCUGCUAGCUGGAAUGUUGACUUUAAUUGAAUGGUUUAGAUCAGCUCCAUGAUAAGGUCAAGUAUUAUAAACCGGUCAGUGUAAAACGCAGACUGCAGACUGCAGACUGCAGACUGCGGACCAGGGGUAAAAUGCAGACUGUGUGCAAAAUGCAGACUGCAGACUAAGAGUAAAAUGCAGGCUGGGGUAAAAUGCAGACCGAGCGUAAACUGUAGUUGUGGAAAGGUUUAAGCCUUAAGGGUCAAAAAAUCCCGCCACAAAUACAUGUAUACAAACACUUACUUGACGACAUCUGCUUUCACAAAUCCAUUCAGGACUUUCUUCUCUAGAACGAUGUCGACGACCCAAAAACAUAUAAUCGCAAUCUUGAACCUUUUUUCCGUCCGAGAGACCUCACGCUUCAUCUUUAGAAGCGAAGUUUUCGAUAUACGUGACCAGGGACCUUGAACUGGUACAACACCACAAUGUUUACGCUUAAAUGGAAGCUGCAGACCCAAAAUACUGUACAGGAAGAAUUAUGGCGAUAAAAAAAGGGAGUAAAUCAUUCCAAGAUGUUCUGCGGGAAAUUUGGAUGAUCUUCUAUGAAAGUAUUGCAAAUCAAGGUACACAGACUUAAGCUGUUCGGAUGUGCAUUGAAACUUCUGGCGAAUGUGCAAUGCACUUCGACUAGGAAGCAAAGUGUGUAACUGAUACCGGCUAGCUAUUUCACCUAUUUGGAGAAGAAGGAGCACAAAUGUUUAAAAAAGUCUACAGUCUUUAUUCUGCAUUUUGCACCCAGCCUGCGUUUUACUCUCAGUCUGCAGUCUGCAUUUUACACUCAGUCUGCAUUUUACCCCUGGUCCGCAGUCUGCAGUCUGCAGUCUGCAGUCCGCAGUCUGCGUUUUACACUGACCGAUUAUAAACACUGGUUUCAAUAAUCAAUCAAAUCAAAUCAAAUCAAGGUACACAGACUUAAGCUGUUCAGAUGUGCAUUGAAACUUCUGGCGAAUGUGCAAUGCACUUCGACUAGGAAGCAAAGUGUGUAACUGAUACCGGCUAGCUAUUUCACCUAUUUGGAGAAGAAGGAGCACAAAUGUUUAAAAAAGUCUACAGUCUUUAUUCUGCAUUUUGCACCCAGCCUGCGUUUUACUCUCAGUCUGCAGUCUGCAUUUUACACUCAGUCUGCAUUUUACCCCUGGUCCGCAGUCUGCAGUCUGCAGUCUGCAGUCCGCAGUCUGCGUUUUACACUGACCGAUUAUAAACACUGGUUUCGAGCACAAGUGCCUAUAUAGUCAGCAUCUUUAUGAAAUAAAGGCUUUUCUAAUUUUCAGCUGCACUUGAGCCAUGUCCUGGACAGUAUUGUGGAAGAAUUAUUGAUAAAAGUGGAAAUAUUGGAUACAACUGUGGGGUAAGACAUGAGAAAAUUUCAUAACAUGCACCAUUAAUUAUUUUCUUUUUGAAAAAUGAAGGCUGUUGUAUAUUUUGGCAUAAUUAGGCAUAAUCAAGCAUACAUUUAGGUAAACAAACUAACUACACAACAUACAAGUGACAUGAAUGACUUCGUAAAUGUUAAAAGCAAUGGAAGAGAGAAACCUCUGCUCGCAGGUUAUGGCAUGACAAGAAGCAUGUCUACCAAAAAAACUGAUGUCAUAAGUCAUGUAACCACAUAGACAGUUAUGGGUCCUUUGAUAAUUUAUUUUAUUUCUACUAGUUAUGUUCUGUUUUCAGCCAGUAUGUUAAAUUUCAUUUUUGUUUUGUGGGUUUUGUUAAGCUACAUAUUUAAUUUUUUGCUUGUUCAUUAUACAGAGCUCCGUUUACACUUUGUGUAUCAAUUCACUUCCUAUUGUGAACACCUUUCACUUGUCCAAACGCUUUCGCUGACGAAUUAGUGAUUUGUUCUUUAAACGUGAGGGGACUGUCUAACACCAUGAAAAGGUGUGAAAUAUUUCGAUGGCUGAAAACUAAAAGAUAGGCAAUAUUCUUUCUACAAAAAAAAAAAAAGUUAUGGGUGGUUCAGGUGUCAUUGCAUCACUUAAGUUUGCAUACCAGAAUGUUCUUGUAUGCAUGAUAAUUUUUUCAGGCUUGCCCAAGAGGUUAUCGUACCAAUGGCACAGUGUGCUUGGAGUGUACUGGAUCCCCUGACCUAUAUGACUGGCUGUACUUAGGAUUUAUGGCUUCAUUAUCUCUCAUAUUUCACUUGUUCUUUAUUGACUUUUUCUCAAAGAGAGACAAAAAAAGGUAAUAUUAAAUUAUUGUUUUCUUAUUAAUGAUUUAAAAUAUAUUCUGCUCAACCUCCAGCUGAGUUUUCAAAAAGGGUUGUUGAACUCUAAUUACUAGUUAAGAUUUUUCACUACGAGGUGAAUCAAAAGAUAUUAACACAAUAUUCUAUAUGGUUUGCAAGUAUAAUUUUCUGUUUUCACUGGGGUGCAAGAAUUCUUGUGUCUUUACGUGACAAAAGGUAUCAUCCAUCUGGAUAUCUGUAAUAGGUUCUUUUAUUGUUUGUCUCCGAAUAGUCAUUUUGUUGUUGAAGCUUUGUUUUGAUGGUGCACUGUUGGUUUCCAUCAGGUGAUGAUGUUAAUUAACUGUCAGAGCUGGACUUUGAGUAUCACCAUGGUUACUUGUUAUUGGUCUUCCUUCACUCUGUUUGGUACUUUGACUUUGCUCGUGAAAACCAGCAUAGCAUUUGAAUAAAUUAUAAUAUUGUUGUGGUCUAUAGGUGAUAAAAAGUUAGUUCUAAUGGUAAAAACACAGUAGUAAUACUUAUUGUUUGCUCAAAUUUGACUUUGCAGAAUUUAUGUUCUAUAUCUGAGUGCAUUUAUAGAAAGUGCCUUGGCUGCCAUUUUUUCUCUUCUAGCAAGUGAACCUCAAGGUACAGUGUAACUUCCUGGUUGUGAGAUAAAUACACUGUAAAUGGCAAGCAGUGCCAGGGUCAGUGCCAGGGUUGUUUCCGUAGUGUAGUGGUUAUCACGUGUGCCUCACACGCGCAAGGUCGCCAGUUCAUGCCCGGCCGGAAACAUAUCUUUUGGCCAGCUAGAAGACCUGACACUGAAAUAAAGUGUAUCGUCAUCAUUAUCAUCAUCAUCAUCAUGAAGUUUUUCAUAGUUUCAUGGUUUGGGGUAUCCUGAUCUCCAAAGUAUUAAGUCUUAACAAGUAAACAAUAACAAGAUUCGCAGAGUAUACUAAGGGAUGUUCACAAUGCCAUGCAGCUGCUAGCAAUGUCUAUGUUGUAGUUAAUUUUAUAUAUGAGCUAAUUUUUGUUUUUCUUUUUUUUGAACUUCAUUAGCUUACAUUACCAUACACAAAAACAAAAGAAAAACAAAAAUUACCUGCGAUAAAAAAUUAACUACAACAUGUACACAACAAAUACCAAGGGAAAACACACAAGAAUAGGCUUGAUAAUAACUUGCCCAUAACCCUUAUUAAAAGGGGACAUUUUCAUUUGGGUUGAGUGUGAAGAAUUGAAUAUAAAAAGUAACAAAUGUCACUUCAUUAGUGUGAUUUAAGGAAUUUAAUUAAAUUCCCUUUACCGAGAGGACUGGGGAUGUGAUGCAGUUAAUAUUCUUGAAUUACCGGUAUAACAUUUUUGUUUUAAUCUUUAGGCAGCCUAGGUUUAACAUCUUGCAAGUCUGAGCAGCUUGCUGACUGGUACACAAUAUUCUUUAACCCCAAACCUGAUUAUGUUAACACUCUUCAUUGCACACAAGAGGCUGUUUAUCCAUUGUAAGUAUUCCUUUUACUUCACAAACAUACAGUCAAACGUGACGUUAAGAAUAUAAAACCUACAUGUAGUGUAAAACGGUAAAAAUGCACUAUGUGCUAACAGGGUUCACAUCAGCCUUUGCCACAGACUAAACCUAGGUAACCUCUGGUUUAAGUCCGUCUGUGAGCCAGUGCUGAAAUCCUUGUUCUUGUUCCCAACCUGUUUACUAGGAUUUGAGUAUGUGCCAUGAUUAGCGUGGUUAAAAAGCCAUUGCUGAUUUGCAAAUCAGGUUAAAGGGAAAUUUGGGACACACUUGGGCUAAUUCAUUGUGUUUGUUUGAUGCUCAGGAAAAGGAUGCUGCUCCUGCAUUGGGGUUAGACUUAGGUUAAAUCCUCUAUGUAGGCUAGGUCCACAUGUGCUUGAGCCUAUCCUGGGUUCUGUAAAUUAUGAAGCAGCUUGAAGACAGUUUCUUGUUUACAAGAACUAUGGGAUGGCAAGGCAGACACCUUGCCAUCUCCAAAACCCAGUAAGUCGUGAGUCACGGCAAAAACAACUUAAAGUCUUACUUAUAGCCAAAUUCUUUGUAUCACGCUGCGAGUUUUGCAAACUUCAAAGGAAUUUUGGGUUUUUUUGUUCCAUUAAUCAUCUUAGCGGACCUCUUAGGAAACACAUGUUUACUUGUGAUUGGUGCAUUUCGACCCACUUUGUUUGUUUCUGUGUUUCAAGGUUUGUUGCUUGUGAUCGCCCUGUUUCGGGCAAUAGUCCACUAAAUUUCGUCGAAGAUUUUUCCGAUCUUUCUUAUUCUUGUCUCUUGCAAGAAUAAAGCAAUGUCUGCCUCCUGCCCUCGACAGAAAGUCCCCUCAUGAUUGCAAUUUCGUUUCGCUAUUCUUGAGCCGUCUAGAGUCAUUCUCAGUUUUGUUUAUGUGGGCCAAGCUGGGCAUUGUGAUUUGCAUUAACUCCGCCUCCACUCAAAUGAUUGACGGAACAGAAAAACCAGUUCGAAGUUUGCAAACGCGCAGCGCGAUACAAAGAAUUUGGCUAUAAGUUUCUACGUGUGUUUCAUUUUAGUUCUUGAUGUUAUCACCACUUGAACUAUUAAUGUGGUUGUCUUGAAAAGCUGUUUGUUUUACUUUUGUACCUUGUGAUAGUAAUUUGUUCUUCGUAUUUCACAUUAGGUAUACCAUAGUACUCAUGUAUUAUGCACUAUCUGUCGGCCUCCUGUUUGUGUUCCGUCCAAUCAUCUCGUACCAGUUCUGUGAUGGCCAAGGACGACCUUCCAUUUAUGCAGCUCUAUACUUCCUACCAUCCUUAGCUGUGCUACAUGCCAUAUUCAGUGGACUAAUUUGUAAGUAUAAACUUAAGAAGUGUUGAAUUUGUUAAAUUUGGUAUUUCAUAGACUUGUACCCCCCAAGACUCAACUACAUUGGAAAAGAAUAUUAUUCUACAUUGUAGAGUCUGAGCAUUACUGAAUCAAGUAGACUAUAUUUUAUUGUCAUAAUGGUAAAACUUGUUCUCAGACGUGAGCAUUCCUAUACCAUGUAUGCAAGGUAUGAAGUUGGUGAAAGCCUCAACCUUUAGACCUUGUUCUGUUAGGCACAUGAAUGCUUGAUAUGCUGUUUAGUUUUUGUGCCAAGAGAUGUAGAAAGAAAAUUAAGUCACAUGGAAGGUUUUAGUCCAAAUUGUUUUCCAAGCAGACUAGUCUGUAAUGGUUGUGCCAUCUUAAGAUGUCAUCAAUUUAUUCAUCACCAAUCACAUUUUCAUUAUUAUUUUUUCUAUGUCUACAUGUAGUUUUUGUCUUGUCUGUUUUCAGAUUAUUCUUAUCCUUAUGCAACAUUAGUUAUUUCCGUUUUGAGUACUGCUGCAGUUUUGGCCAAGAACAAAAUUACAGUGAGUACUUUAAAAUUUCUUAACAAGUGACCUUAAACCAUGAUAGAAUGGCAAAAGAGGGACUGAGCUUUCUGUUAUUAGAUACAGACCACUCUAGACUCUGGCGUUCAUAGAGAUGUUUAUUAAGAGAGAGGGUUGCAGUUUUUUUGUCAGUCAUUCAGGAAGGUGAUUCCCCCCCUCCCCUACUUAACUCUGGCUGUAGCAAGCUGUCGAGCGAAACGCGCAAGACACGCAAAUGACCACGCACGUGGCUGAAGGCGCGAGGCGUUGCAGUGAUGGUAGAUAAAUUAACUCUUAUCGACAGCUCCGCUAGUAACGUCGUCAGCUUCCUUUAUGCGCAAAGCAAAGACAAGAAAAGUACUUUGAAAAUGAUUUCUGGGAAAUGUAGACAUGUUUAAUACCCUUUUGCCUUUCUUAUUUUUGUAGCACGUGCGGCAGUUGGUCAGCAGUAAGCGUCACGUGAUCAUCAUAAUCAUUCAUUGGUUGGUUCAUGCCUAUGGAAUAUUGGCCGUGACGCUUGUUCAAGAUCCUGCUGUACACGGGCCAUUGUUCACGCUCGUUCUGGCUCCUGUCUUGUUUUAUCUGGGGACACACUCAUUUACCGACCCAAGCAAGUUCAAGACUACUUAAGGAGACCUUUGCUUAAAAUUUGCCAGCUUUCAGGUAGUCUUAUUUUGAGUUUAAAAAAGUUGUCAAAUAUUAAUAAGGGAACAGCACAGAGGAGUUUUUAUUUGAGAAUUGAACGGGUGAAGGUAAGGAUGCCUACAUAGUUAUAGACAGUAAAAAAGUAAGUUCUUUCCCUUCCAAAGGAAAGGCGGGCGGACUCAGAGGGGACGGGUAGACAGACGCAUACAAUUCACCUGCCUGUCUCGCCCAAGCCUCACUUGGCCGUUUUUUGACAUCACCUCACACUUUUCCUUUGAAGAGGUCUCGCAUUCAUGACCAACUCCAAAAUAGGGCUGAAUUGCAGUCUAAAAUAGUUGUAAUUCAUCUUCACUGCGACAAUAGCCACUCAUUGCCGAGCUAUAGAUAAGUUAUGGGGGAAACAUUUUGCCCAGGCAAUGAGCAGAAAAUACACAGGCAGACGGAUACACGUCGCCAUAGGGGAGGAGGGUGGGAAAAAUUUGUGUUAGUAGUUCCAGCAAGCAAAACUUGGCGAAAAGAGGGAAAAAAUCCGAAAACGUGACUUAAAAUGGGUAGACUACGGUCACUCAAGGAGAAAAGGAAAGAGAUGAUGAGAAUGCCGCUUGCUGAGGAGGCCGCUUGGCCGAGUGGUUAGAGCGCUGGACCUGUAAUUCGGAGGACCCGAGUUCAAGUCCCGCCCUGGUCGCUAACUGGAUUUGUCCUCGGUAGUCCCGAGUUCAAAUGCCAGACCGCGCUUGUAAAAUAGACAGCUGGUUCGCCUCUUACCAGUUGGGGAUUCUUACCAUGUUAUGUAUGUGCCAUUUAAAAUUAUUUGUUUCGUUAUCCCUGAAAAGCUUCAUAAGGGGAGAGGAUAACUAAAGUAUCAUCAUCAUCAUCAUCCGUCAUCAUCAUCAUCAUUAUCGAUAGCACGGCGAAAUUUCGUGACUAUUGUCGCAGUGAAGCUAAACAAGCAGUUCUCUGCUUUUUGCGAAACGAAAAGACAUUGUUUCAGGACUGUAAUCCGCCUUCGUAUUGCGCUUUCCUUGGCUUGGUCCUUUAUCACUUGGUACUUAAAUUAUCUCAGCACAUUUUAAGAACAGAGAAUGCGAACAUGUUGAACGGAAAAACCGUUUGUGAUGCGUGACACUUGGAUUAAGAUAAGUAAAAGAAUGAUAUUGUAACAAAAUAUCAAAAAGUGUCAAGAACUUUAUGAUGGUCUUUCGAAAAAAGGCUUUUCGCUUGUAUAUCAAUCUUCAGUGUACAGAAAACCAUAGAAACAGAAAUAUGUCGUGUAAUUAGUAGAAACCAAUACCAAUACAGAAAACGAGCUUGAUAAAAGAAUUUAGUAAAAACUAAUAUGGUUACACGUUUAUAAUAUUGUACCAAGAAAAUGUGCAUCUUCCAAACCCUGAGUAAGUGUUUGUUAAUGUUAAACAGUAAAGCCUGAAUACUGGGGUUUGAAACAAUAAUAUUUAAGUUUAGGCGAAU